AUGUCCUCAAGCAACGAGGUCGUCAGCGCUGUCCGGAAGCUGAACUCCGAUAUCCAUCAAGAUGCCACCAUCAUGGCUGAGUCUAUGGCAGAAUCAUUUGGGUUUAAGAGCAGAAAGGGGAACGAGGAUGAAGAGACGACGCUAUUUCAACAAGUGGGCGCGACCAUUGGCCCAAGUCUCGUCCACUUCUUGGGCACCAAGAGUCAUAGCGAGGAUCCUAUCCUCAUCCAGAUCGCUUUCCAGACAUACAUCACUCGGUACCUCUGUUGGCUCUCGACUGCAUGGAUUGCUAGUGGAGGCAAGGAAAGGCUUGGGGCAGCUGAUCAGAGUAACACUACCCAAACGGUCACCACAGCAUGGAGUGCACUAUCGCAUAUUCUCUCCAAGCAUCUCCAAUUCGAUGAUGCGCAACUUUGUUCCGCAGCCGCAUCCAAAAUCGUAGCCGGGCUCGCUGACAUUUUGCUCGUUGCGGGCUGUGAUGGCACUCGGCUACAGCUUUGUGAUGCUUUGAAGCAAAAGUUCAGCGAGAAGAUUUCGCUGCUUGCGAAGUCUGGCAUGCGCAUCAAUAAGCUUAUCAUCAAUAGCAUCGACCGGGGUCUUGAUGUCGUGGUAAUCAAGCCAGCCACAGUGUUUGAUUCCAUGUGCAUGGACGAUGGGUACGAUGACGGUGAACGUGACAAGAAUACUGCGAACAACCGUGUCCUGUGUCCCACUGAUAUCGGGUUGUUGCAGCGUUCCAAGGGACCCAAUGGGGGAGUGAGGAUUUUGUUGAAGCCAAAGAUCGCGCUGGAAUCUGUGGUGGAUAACUUGGACGACUGA